AUGACUGAUCCUGCUGGUAUGAACAAGAAAGAAACAAUAACGGUACUUAGAGAGAUUGUAGGAAUCAAGAGAGAGAACCUCUUGCGGCUGGCUGGAGUGUUGAAGGUUGGAGUGUUGAAGGUUGGAGUGUUGAAGGAGAAUGCUGGUCUGAUCAACCUUGAAUGGAUAUUUGAGAUGAUAUCUGAUGAGAUUGAGAGAGCACCUAAGUACAUCUAUCUGGUAGACAUCGUUCCUAACCUCAGGUUUCUCCUCCGAUGUGGAGCCCUCACAGCUGAUCCAGAGUAUGAACUCAAGAAAUUCACGCAGAAGUACCCGUCAUACUUUGCACUGAACCUAGCCAUCCAUGAGAACAAGAUCCUUGAAGACGCAAAGGCACACGGGGCUAAACACCCGGAUAAGAUGAAAGAAGGAGGGCAGAGUGAUGAAGCUGAUUCAUCUAGACUAGCAAGAAGAAACGUCUUGUACCAGAACAGUGUCAAGGCAUGGCUAGGGUAUUUCCGUAACGAUCACCGGCUGGUUACCGUUGAUGUGUCAUGCGGUGUGAGUGAUCUCAUCUGGCAUCGAGUCUGUGAUUUCUUUGGUCAUGAUCUAGAAUGCCUGCCCAGGAAGACGGUCAAUACUGUCGUGCUAUUUGCUUUCAAUGGCUACGACUACUCGGCAAUAGAUAUGCAGAGAUACCAUAUGGAACUUAUUCACCUUAAGGACAUACUGCCAAAACCUGAUAUGUCGGCGGAUGCAGCACUACACACUCUAAGCAAACACAUCGACAAGACGGCGCCCACGGCUGAAUCAUUCUGCGUUGAUCUGAGCAGCACAACAAUCACAAAAGAUAUGGAGAGGCUGGAUCAUUCAAAGCGAGAGUUCCGUAGAGAGAUGAGGUUUAUUGAAUGGCACGACACAUUCUUGGACAAGUACAUCUUCAUCAGCUCCGAGAAGAAGGAGAGGGGCCGCAAGUCCAGUCUCUUCAUUCAGACCUUCAAGGUCAUCGCCACCACGGAGAACGAGGUCUGCCUUUUCCCUCCGGAGACCGACGUUGGUCUGUGUCAGGACCUGGCCUUCUCGUUCGGGCACCAUAGACACCCCUCGGCCAGAUAAGGAGGGUGCAACACUACCCCCUCCACACCCCUCUCCUCCCCUCCUCCCCUCCCUCUAGGCUCAGUGCAAAAAGGUUGUAAGUUCAGCGUUGGUAGGUCUGCAAGGAGCUUGUCUUUAGCCGACAACAGUGUUAUAACAUUCCAUUAAAACAAGUGAACGCACAUUGACUGGUUUUAGGUGCCUCAAGGGCUUAUUUCAACGGAUCAAUACCGUUUUAGAAUGUUACGUUGGAAAUGUUUAUUUGCAUUUGACACACAUAUGUUUGAGAAAUUGUCUCUUACGCCCUUUUGGCGGUUACUGGCGUGAUUGUCCACUCUGUGAGAUAGGCGUCAAUGGAGAAAAGAAAGAGCGCUAUUUUAGUUUUGCUCGUACUUACAACCUUUUUGCACACUCUAUAUGAGCUUGUCUGUAUAUUAAUUGAUCUUUUGUUGUAUUUUUAAACUAUGUUGAUUUAUAAUCUAUAUUGGAUUCGAUGGUCAUUGUAUUCAAAUUUGUCUGAAAUAUUUGACUUGACAUUGUGAAAAUAAAAAAUGAAAUGUUGUAUACAUUAUAAUUCAAAAUCAAACAGUUUGUUUGUUUACAUGUAUAUAGAUGUACUGGAGUUAAAAGCAAUGUAGAUUUCACAGUUUCAAAACAAUUGAAAGUUAUUAUAUAUGAAUAUUUUGUUGGUUGCCACAAAUGUGUAGCAAAAAUGGCAGUUGAUUUACAAAAAAAAGAGAAUUUUUCAUAGAAGGAAUUUGUUGAUGAUUAUUGUAAAGUGAUUCACAGGCAAUAUUACAUUGGGUUGUAUUCUGAAAGUGAUCUUAUCUUUUAUUGUCCUAAGAGUAUGUUGAUUGUCAUAUAACAACUACAUUACACAGGCAAUCGUUGUAUGAAACAUAAUCCCUAUAGACAGCACUUGACCCCAAGUUUUGUUCCAACUGAAGUUGUUACGACAAUCAAUAUGCUUUUCACUAACAUAAAGGCUAAUAUACCUUUUAGAAUACAACCUAUGGACUUUUGAACUCAAUUAACACAGGACCAAUUGACUGCAACUUGAAAUACAUGUACAGUAUAAUGAUCAAAAUUUUGAACCGGACCUUCGAGCUCACCGCAUCCACUUUAGUAUGAAUUUGCAUUCAACAAGAGCAUUAAUAAAAAUAGCAUAUCUUAUUAACCAAGGUUCUGAAUAAAUACAUCAAUACCGGUAUAACAAAAAUUACAAAGUUGGGGGAUCACUAAUUAAAACUUUUACGCCAACUAGUAUCCUUAAAGUUGCUCAUGCAUGGGUCUAUAGAGGGCAGCAUACUGAGCCAACGGGUGUUAGGCUCCUGUGCGUGCUAGUGUCCCUUUAUGCGUGCGUCCGUGUAGGAAAGUAAGAUUCGUUGGCUCAGUGUUCGCCAAGUUGCCUACUUCACGAACGACUAUAUACUCAUGUAUGAACAUCUUUUAAUUGACUUGAAUCUGAAUUGUUAGUGUUCAUAUCAUUAUUCAGAACUACGAUUAGAAAGAUGCUAUUUGUUUAGAUUUAAAGCCUGUCUGCAAGAGUUUUGCCAGGAGGGAGUAGACCACCUAGCAAGGCCAUUGACAGAUGGUUAUCUCAUCAAAUCAUCUCUCAAUUAACAUAAGAAAAAUGGGAUCAUGGGGGACCAACAGGUACUGCUUAGGCAUUGUUAGAUGGCGCAAUUAGAUUCAAAAGUAGUGCAGACAGGCUUUAAAUGCAACUGUGAUUUCUUUGAAAAUCUGAUCACAAAAAGAUUGAAUUAGACGGUGGGCUUAAGAUGACUACUCAGUGUUUUGAAUGAGCUUGCUUUGUACAACCAUUUGAUGACUAACAGGAGAAGUCAAUCCUGGGCCCGGUUUCAUGAAACUUAUUCUCAAUAACAUGUUACAAUAACUGUUAUAAGCUACUGAAAUCCUGGCAUUUGAUUGGCUGAGAGCAAGUUUGUCAUAGAAAUUUAACAUUUUGUAUUGAAGGCAAGUUUGAUGAAACAGGGUCCUGAUUUCAAGUUGAUUUCAAGAUGAACAGAAAAUCCGAGAAACAAGGCAGCUACUGGUGUCCAAACAUUUCAUCCCAUUUCCCCAUUUCAUUCUUCAUUUUCGGACUACAUAUUGCUAAAAUAUUAUUUUGAACAAAUUGAAAUAUAUUAGCAAAUUUCCAGGCAUAUUUGGUUAUUGAAAGUCAACUAAUAGCCCUGCAGUGGAACUGUGAGAGGAAUUCCCUCAGGAAUUCAGCAUCUCAUCGAUAUGAUAUCUACAAUUUAUGAAUCUUUUACAAAAAUGGAGAGCAUUGUUUGCUAAGGAGAUCAGAGAGUUGCCAAUUUGAUCAGUGAUCCUAAAAAUGUAUUUAAUUUUUUUUUUUAAUCGCUCUAAAAAAAAAAAAAAAAUCACCAGAUUUUCCUGUCAAAAAUUUGGUCUGCCCAUUUUCUCUCGUUUUCUGGUAUCAUCUUGAUCUCAAUAUAGACUAUCUUUGUACUGUUUUAUUCUGUAUAUACAUAGUUUGUGUGUUUUAUCACUUAGUACAACACUUUAUCUCUUUGGGCAUUAUAUGCCUGUUAUUACUCUGCUAACAGUUGAUAUAUAUACAGAGAUGGGCUUGUAACUUUGGCAUCCAUGUUUUUGCAUUAAAAGAAAUACAUAUUUUGAGAAAGUAUCUCAAGUGAGACGUUAAUUUGAUGAAAAUGAGAGACUAGAAUAGAUGAUUUGGGGAUCGUAUUGCUCUAUGUGUCCUGCCAGUAAUAUGAAUACUUCACAUUUUAAUUUGCAUUUUUUUAUUAUUAUUUUUUUUUUGAUUUGUAAUUAUCACCUUUCAUAUUUCAUUUUCUGAUUUGAAAAGAAUGUAUUACCAGGUAGAUAUUUUGUCAGUACAGUCAAACCUGCUUUAGUGACCACCUGUUUACAAGGACCACAAUUUUUGUUUCCCUUGAAAAUGUGUAUUUCAUUAAAACAUGUACUAAA